CAACUGCUGAGAUGAUUUUCCAUUAAGUAUAUUGAAUAUAAUGAAUAAUACUUCAUAUUAAAAUCAUCGAUGACAAUUAGAAUGUGGCUUCUGCUAUUUUUACAUUUAUUUAUUCAUACAAUACUACCAUGUUAUUGUUUAAAUAAGGAAGAUGUGAUAUUUGCUGUCAAUGCUGGUGGUGAUGCCCAUGUAGAUAGUUUUGGUAUAUUGUAUCAAAGAGAUUUUAAUAAAAUUGGUACAGAAUCAGAUUAUGGAAAAAAAUUAUCCAUACAAAGAGUUAAACACCAUGACCAAAUACUUUAUCAGACUGAAAGAUACUCUCACACUUCAUUUGGUUAUGAUAUACCCAUCAUGCAGAAUGGUGAAUAUGUAAUGGUUUUAAAAUUUAGUGAAGUUUACUUUACAAACAGUGGAUUAAAAGUCUUUGAUGUUAUACUUAAUAAUCAACACAUCAUUGUACCUCAACUGGAUAUUUAUGAUAAAGUUGGAUUUGGAGCUGCUCAUGAUGAAUAUAUUGAGUUUAAAGUUGAUGGUUCAACUUUAUAUUGGAGGGGAGAAAUGUCUGAAAUAAAAUCAAAUUUAAUUCGUGUAGACUUUAUUAAAGUAUGAACAAUUAAAUAAUAGUUA